GAAGUGGUGAACUCAACUACAACAGAGAUAGAGAAUAGUGACAAGUGAAGGUUGCCAGACAGAAUGCCAGACACACUAUCUUUGUCAGCCAGCGUGAGUCUCGGCCUGCUGGCUGGAAUUGUGUCUGGAGUAUGUUACCUCGUAGCUAAUGGGAUGACAUGGCCGAAGAACGACCGUGGCAGAAGAUGCGUGACGGCGUCACAGGACGACGGCGUGUGUCGUAGCUGCGGUGGUGACAAGUACGGAGGAGCUCUGCCCUGCAUCUGCUAUCCUCAGGAGCCGGUGAAGUUCGAGUCGGGCGCGUGGUUCCUGCAGCAGGUGCACCGAGCCAUCAGCGUGAUGCCGUGGAGCGUCUCCAGCGAGAAGCUCGAGCAAAUAGACGAAGAAUGCGACGGCUUCGACGCUCCAGGGCCGAGCAACGCCACUCAAGGAGAACUAAGGAAGAUCAGAGAGUUCCUGGAGACCAUCUCUGCAAAGUUAGCCGGCGGGCCGCUAGAGAGCACUAGAGUUACGCCGCUGUACGACCAUCCAGCAUAUCUUCCCGCGCCCAGAAACGCAUCACCCGCUCCGUCGGGCCACACAGCGAGCGGAGCGCACGUUCAGCUCAAACGCCUGGUCGCCCGAGUAGUGGAGGAAGCAGCCUCGCUACCAGCCCUCGCUAGAUAUGCUUCGGAGCCCCACACGCCGACCAUCGAGUCUUCGACGUACGAAGACUUGUUGGCUACGGCGAUUUUGAAUAAGGUGAUAGAACGCUACCAGAACGAGAAUGGAUCUGGCGGACGCAGCAGCGGUAUACACUCAGCGAGUGCCAGUCCGACGCCUUCGGAGCGCUCCUCACCACGCUCCCUGCCUUCAAGACACACCAGGAACGUCACUCCACCACUCCAUGAAGAAGACGAUGUGUCUGACUGGGAGGAGGGCGACGCGACGGACGAAGCGCUAGAAGUACCGCGCCGCGUGCCCUUCCCGGAGUUCGGGGGAGACAUCGUGCACAACACAGAUAAUGAGGAUCGCGAGUUCGACGAAGUUUCCAGUAGCGACCUGCAGGCUGUCGAUGGAACUUGGGAAGAGAACUGGCUAUUCCAGAAGAAGAAGAUAAAGACCAUACAGUCCGUGCCAGUUCCUAUGCUAGUUCCAAACUCAAACACAGAAUACAGAGCUCUGAUUGGCGACAGAGAUGCAGAUGACACCACAGACCUGUCAGACAAUGCAAGCGAUUCAGAAGAACAAGCAGAAUACAAGAGUGACAUGAAAAAAGUUCUAGACUCCAAACACGUUAUCGGCGGCAAACCCAAAGUUGAAGAAAAUGACUUUGAACCAGACAGUCUCACCAUUAUCGAAGGAGCAGACGAUUUUGACAAGCUCGUCGAGAAAAUAGAUGACGACGCAACAGUAGACGCGAUCAUUAACGAAAUUAAUGAAAACAACGUUACUAUUGUUGAAACAAACGGAGUGAACUCGACAGACCAAGUCGAUGGCGGUAAAUUAGUAAUCAGCAUUGACAGCGGGCCAUUAACGAAGGCAGAAUUCGCGGUGAAAGAGGAAAUACACAGGACAUUGUUGAACGGAAAUGCAGAUGAAUUUAUGGAUGAUUUGUGUGCGAAAACUAAUGGAGACAUUUACAAUGGACAUUCAAAUGAAUUGCAUAGUGUUGAUAGCUUCACUAGUAAUAAAGAAUCGACAAACACUCUGAACCACCAGGAGCGCGAGGGAGAGUACGAGGAGACGGUGACGGUGCCCGUGCAGCGAUACGCAGACAGUCUGCGCAGGAAGCACUUCGAUGACGGACCGCACGAGAUGCCAACUCGUGAUACAGACCAAGAUGAUGAAUUAAUACCAGGUUCUAUAGCUUACAGAGAGCGCAAAAAAUGGCUGAACUACGUCGAAAUGCCAAACAAUCCAUAUUCCCCAGAGGCCAUUCAGAAAAGGCUGUCAGCCAAAAACACAUCGUCACUUUUCGACAUGUUCACAUCCAAAAAGGAUUCUGAAGACGAAAGUCUCAAAAUUGAGAUAAAUGAAACAGAUGACUAUGAAAGUGAAACUAAUGAUCUUCCAGUUAAAGAACUCCAGCAUAAUAAAUUAAGUUUAACUAUGAGUAGUGAUAGUAUUAAUAGUAUUGACAGGACAAAUAAGAGUCCGUCGCCUAGAAUAUUGAAGGAUGUGAUGGCUGAGGAAAUUCCACAGUAUAAGCGUUACGGACGUGACUAUUACAUAAGAGAGGCGAAGGCGUCGUCCGGCGGGCGGCACAGAGCCAGUGCGGACGAGGCCAGCACGGUGUCCGCCCCCUCCCUCAACAAAUCCACCAGUUUAGACAAUUUCGACGCAGAGUUCGCGUCGCCUGUAAGUGCCAGCAGCUCGUUGAGCGACCUCGAGGCCUCCGCCCUUCAUCACAACAUCGUCCGCAACGUCCUCAGCCCGAGGAAUGCGAGCCCCAACUUCGCCAUAAACCCCAUUUUCGAAAACCCCGAUAGACAAAACGAUAACGCUGACGAGAAUCAUGCGACGAACGACAGUCGCUUCGGUCGAAACGCCAACGGAUUACUUAUAAAACAAUUCAACCAGAUAGCGACGAACCAACACUACACUAAGUUCGCUAACAAAGAUGAUAUGGCAUCACUCACUACCACUGUAAACAAUAAAGACGAAAUAAUGAUCGAGUAUGAGGACACUAGUGAACAAACGCUAUUCGCCGCCAAGCCUAUCUACGUCGAUGCCGACACUGAUAAACAAUUCGAAGAAAUAUUAGAAACAGCUUAUAAAACAGUGCCAACAGAACCUCCGCCUCCAAUACCUAUAGUAGACGAAGAAGAAAAAAUUGAUGAACCACUGAAAUCGCCUAUGAGUGUGGACACAUCUUACAUAAGCACCAGCAGUUUAGAAGACUCCAUAAAAAUCUACAAUGUGCAAACUGGAGAGAUUAUAAAAUGUAAGCCUGAUAACGUAUCACCAAGCUAUGAGGCUGACACGAAUGACAACAUCGAUAUCCUUGAUAAGAACAUCUCGGAACCUGAUAGUGUUAGUUACACGGACGACGUGCCCGAAGACACUGCUGUAGAACAAAAUAAAACAAAAUUGGAGUUGAUUGAAUCUGAUGAUAUUCUGCAAAACCUGCCCAAAGUGAAGGAGUUGGCGAAGAUAUUUGUAAGCAUGGAGAAUUUACAAGAACCGAUUAAGCCAGUACAACCCUACACAGCAAGGCGGAAGAGCAAAGAGAAUAUCCUGUCAGAAUUCAAACCAGAAAAGAACAAGCAAGUCUACAUGCACAGUCUAACGGCCAGGAGCAUCUCCAAAGAGUUCCGAGAAGAGCUUAAACUCUCCAUGUCCACUCCCCUCACUGUCCCUGGAGGUUCCAAAGAAAUCCCAGAAGGUAUUGAGGAAAUCACCAAAGAAUCCAGCCGGCCAGGUAGCCCAGUACCAGAACCAGGCACUAUCAAAACAAAACUAGCCUUCUUCGAAAGUCUCAAGUCAAAAUUUAGUACCAAGUGAACUUUGAUAGGUUGAAAAGCGAUGCCAUAGACACAAAUUAAAAUUAAGAAAUAAAUUUAGAUUUUUUCUGAACAAAUUUUAUUGUAAUUAGGGUUUAAAAUUGUGAAUUAUAAAUGUUCAAAUUAGAUCGAGAUUGCUUGCUAUCGCUUUUCAGUGUAACAAAUCAUCACUGUAGUGGAACUUUAAAAUCAACAGAUUCUCUUCUUUUCAAGUAUUUCCGUAGAGAUGUUAGCAUGAUUUUUAGUUCAUUGCGUGCUGUCUAUCGCAGUAGUUGUAACUACAACUUGUUUGUGCCAACUAAACGAGUAAUGUAGUUAAAACUCUAAUCGAGGGCAGAAAACAUUCCAUUUAGUAUUGUAGUGCAUAUCGGUCACAUUAUUUAAUUAAUUUAAAUGGUAGGUUACGGUGUAAAUAUUAAGUGCCAUUUUGUAAUCAUUACUUCCCAUUUAUUUAAGUCGAUGAUUUAGUCUGUGGUUUUUGGUGGAGAAAUGUGCUCAUGUCUAGGGUUAUGGACGAAAAUGGAGGGAAAAACUUUUGGGCAUUAUUCAACUUAUUUAAUUGAAAAUAUGUAUGUAUUUAUGCAAAUAAGUAUCUAACUGAAAAUAAGAAUUUUUUGAACAUUUGUUUCCGAAGUAAAAAUCAUUAUAAGUAUGUGCCUUUUUAUGAACCUUAAAAAGACGUUUAUCCACCAGAAACAUAGAAAAGUUUAGCUAAUGCCAAAGUUGUAAAUAAAUAAUAUAACUGGGUAUGUAUAAUGUAUAGGUUGUGCAUUAUUGUAUAAACGUAGUCAUAUCAUAGAAUUUGCAAUAAGUUAUAAUAGGGGACCACUGUAACUAUUGUGAUAGGCGCUUAUAGAAAAUAAUUCGAGCGUCGAGAUAUUUAAUAUGAUUGUAUAUUGGAUAAUGGGUGGUUUAGAAUAAAACAUUUAAUAUAAUAAA